AUGGCCGACAUCACCGACCAACACGACCAGACCUCGCCCACCGACCUCGACGAGUCGCAGGUCGGCAACGGCAACGCCGCCGAGAACAGGGGCGUCAAGCGUCAGCGUCCAAGCACCGCCGACGACGACGACGAUGACGACGACAAGGGCGGCCGCGAGCGUCGCAAGAUUGAAAUCAAGUUCAUCAACGACAAGUCGCGCCGUCACAUCACCUUCUCAAAGCGUAAGGCUGGAAUCAUGAAGAAGGCUUACGAGCUUUCCGUCCUUACUGGCACCCAGGUCUUGCUCCUCGUCGUUUCCGAGACCGGCCUUGUAUACACGUUUACGACACCCAAGCUGCAGCCGCUUGUGACUAAGGCUGAGGGCAAGAACUUGAUUCAGGCAUGCCUCAACGCGCCCGAGCCCUCUCAGGGUGGUGAGAAUGGUGUCGAUGACUCGAACCAGGUCGACUCCCCCGAGGAGCCUCCCCAACAACACCUCCCUCCCCAGGCCGGCCGCCAGGGCAUGCCACAAAACCCCCACAUGCCUCCCAACUACAUGCCCAACGUUGGUAUGGACCCCUCGCAGGCGCUCGCGUACCAAAACUACGUGCAGCAACAACGGGGCGGAGGCUACGCCAUGCCGCCGCAGUCUGGUCUUCCCCAGCAUACGUCGCAUCAGUCAUGA